CACUCAUCUCGCACCUUGCCCAUCCGGUCGUGGGAACUUGUCCACUUGUUAUGUUGUUCUAUCGUUCCUAAUAUUGCAAGCCGCAGCAGCCCCCUCUGAGAGCUACCUAUGAACCCUUUGAAGAGAUCAUACGAUAACCAAAAUCUCGCCAGUAUGAAGCAAGAAGAAGAAGAAGCCGACUAUGCGUACGGCUAUGAGAAUCCUGAGAAGCAAAAUACCUUUGAGCGCGCGUAUACUGAUGAUGAUUAUUGUUCACCCUGUAUUUCUUUCAGAAUCCCAUUCAAAGAUCUCAACGAAGUCAUUACCAUCAAAGUGGGGCCCCGAGAACACAUUUUUCGCCUUCAUGCAAAGCUUCUCCAACAAGAAUCUGACUUUUUCCGCGCCGCUCUCAGCGGCGGAUAUUCACCCGACGAUGUCGAUAACAACGGUGAUGGCUGUCCAGCAAUUAAACCCCGGGCCCAAACUCGCGCCGCUUUUCGCGAAGCGCUCACCAGAUCCGUCGUCUUGCCCGGCGAAGACGUCGACACGUUUGACUAUUUCGCCACAUGGCUGUACACUGACCAGCUGUACCAUCCAGAGGUAGAUGCGGAUCGGCCGGCAUUUUUUCUUCUCUUGCGCCUCUACGCUCUCGCGGAUCGACUGCUUGCUUCGAGCCUCCAAUCUCAGCUCAUACGUCGGCUAGAGAAGCGUGCGGCGGCGACGAAUACCGCGCCCACGCCGGCAGAUACAAAAUUGUUGUACGAAUCAACCCAUCCGCAGUCCGAGAUGCGUCGAGCGGUGGUGGCGCUUUUUGCGCGCAUGAAGACGGAAACACUGCUAUCGACGCAAAAGGGUAGUUGGCAUCCAGAGUUUCUCAGAGAUUUAGUCGUGGUGCUCAAGAAAGACGGAGGCAAAAGCAAGAAAAAGGACAAGGAAAAGGACAAGGACAGGUACAAGGGAAAAUCCAGCUGCAUUUGAUCUAUCAUAUCAUUUUGGAAAUCCAAUUAUUUAGAUUGGGC